AUGUUUGAAACUACAGAGUCCUGGCACGACAACUAUCUUUGCACCAACCGCGAUAUUGAUUUACAUUGGAUAUGGGACAAUCGGGUAUGUCGUGCUGACCUGAAGUGCGUGGCUACUGCAGAACCUGGGGACAAUCGAUGGAAUGACAAUGCUUUGUGUGUCCCAGCACAAUCCAAGAUUGAACUUGUCUGGUCAUAUUGUGGCAAAGUGGCUCACAUGAGUUGUAUUCAAUUGUUCGAUCCUGCUGCACCGGGUUAUACUCGUGACAAUCAUUUGUGCUGGAAAGAACACUAA